AGCAACGGCAAAAAAUUGGAAAGUAACCACGAAGGUUAACAGGGAUAUAUUUUUUAUGUGGUAUGUUGUGUACAGGUGUUUGCAUAAAUUCUACAGUAGAGUUGACACUGUAAUGACCUGAUUACUGAAUUAUUUCUUAUUUUAAUUUACGAGACAAGUUUUUAUUUGGACCAACGUAAUAAUUUCAAAUUUUAAAGUUUUACGGUUUUAAAUUUUGGAAUCAGCCCGUCUUUAAGACGGGCUUCUGGGCUAGUGUCAUUAUAUUUUUUAUACACCUUACUAAAUAUUAUUAGUUCGUGUUUCCCCUUUAUUGUAAAAUUGGUGGUAGAUUUUUGCUCUUAAUUACUACUAAACUUUAUUAUUUAAAGCAGUAGACCUUCAUCAGUCAUGGUAAGUAGUUAUAAAGAUAUUUAAGUUCACAGGGAAAGCGAGCAUGACAUUAAUUCUUUACCUGUAGGAGGGUUGGAUUGAACGAAAUAAAUUGGAUAGCCGAAGGUAUUUAUUAAUCUACUUUAAAUUUGUGCUUGUAAAAUUAGUCUUAUUCAUGUGUAGGCAAUCAUGUUCGAGUAGGAGACAGUCAAGAGCAAGCAUUAGUUCGGGAUAUGAAACGAUACAGAAAUAAGAUUUAUUUCAUAUCUGUAAACAGUGUUCUUGAAAUCACAUCACGACGUGAUUUAUCGUGGUUUAUAAUAUUUAUAUCAUUUCUGUGAAAUAUUGAGAUGCAGCAUAAUAGUCGUCAUAUAGGGAUAUUGCAGAGCAAACAUAUACCCCGCUAGAUGGCGACUAUUAACAUCACAGGGAUUACAAAAAUAGCAUAUAUAUAAAUCGUGUUAAUCACAUGAAAUCACAAAAAGCCACGAUGGAAACAAUGUAACCAUUACGAAUGUACAAUUUUUUAUUUAAUGUAUACUUUCAUACAUAUAGAUCCGUCAGUACUUCAUCAUCCCGUCCUAGGUCACAAUCGUCCACUUCAAUAUCUGGAUCAUCCCUGACACGUCCUGCUCAAGUAAAAAGUUUGGAAAUGUUUCCACCCCAAUUGCGUCACAACCUUGGCCGCAAGACACCCUUCCUGUUUCCUUCCUAUGACCGCCGAACCUGGAUUUUUGGACAGACCAGACUCCGACUCUGAUUCAAUGUCCGGUUUGAUUGACGGUUUAAACAUCAGCGGGAAAAUUGGUGGCAACAAUUACGGUACCGUUUUUUGCCUAAAAUCGCAAUCAUUCUUGCACAACGCUAUCUCCGACUUCCAUUCGCGAGACGUUUCCGAUGGAGAACUUUACGACGUGGUCAUUUCCGGCGCUAGUGUUCAAUGUUAUAUUAAUAACGAAUAUGACGGAUUCCGAAUAACGAACAAUUUUACGCCAUCCUUAAUCUGCGACAGAUUCCCGCCAAGGUCCUAUUUUUGGUUUAAUAGGCGGAUGCAUAGCCGAAUAAAAGAUGGGAAGGAUUUGAAAUGGUGGAUGCAUCCAACUAUGAUACGAAUAAGUUUCCGUAUUGCAAAUAAUUAGUUAUGGUAUUGACACAUACAUGGGAAAACAAAAAGGUUGGGAAAAUUCGCAAAACUUUUGGUGUAAGAAAGUUUAGAUAAUUGUCAGUGUUGCAAGUGGUACAAACCAUUUUUUAGCGGACAGUGGGAAAAAGACAGUUUUUACACCCCACCCAAAUCAGUGGGAAAUGGGAAAACGUGGGAAAAGCGUUGGCUCCUAUGCGAACAAUUUAGGCUAGGUGGGGGGGCGUUUCCUCACUUUCCAUUUUCCCACUUUUUCCCAUUUCCCACUAGGAAAAAAGCCUUUUAGAUUGGGAAAUAUGCAAAACUGAUAAUUGUAAAUAUGUUACUAUAUGAACUUGCGAAGUGUGCGUAAAUACCUUUAGUGUACACAUUUGUAAAUUAAUUCGCUAUAAAUCAUGUUAUUUUGCACGAACAGAUCGAAAAAAUCGAAACUUUUGGCUGUUCCGCAAUCCCUCUUGGACCUUUCGAAGAUUGCAACAGCGUCCAGUGGGAGUUGGACUUCUUCAAUGUGGAAUCCUUACUUUUAUCCAAUUUCAAAGAGAUUCAUUGGCGCGCCUAUAUAUUCUCCGGCUUGAUUUUUCGCGCCUUCUUUGCCACCUUUGGCUACCAAGGCAUCGGUUUGAACCAUGUGAGGCAUUUGCUCUACAAUAUGGCGCAUGAAGUGCCACUAACCGCGUGGAGCAUGGAAGAACAAGGCAUUCAUUUAAAAACCUUGCUAACCCAGCUGUGCAAAGCUUUAGCGAAAUGCAAACUGCCGAAUUUCUUCAUCUCGGAGCAAAACAUGUUCAAGUAUAUUCCCCGCCAUAACUUGUCAUCUUUCCAAUACCAGCUAAAAAUAGUGCUUGACAAUCUUUUGGUCAGCUGCAUUUGUGCGCUACGAAAUCUUGCACGACCAACGAUGGAAAAGCGUGGAGAAGAGAAAUGUCUGGAUUUUAAGAAAUUGUUCAAGAUUGUUACAGUCGACGAUUCAGAUUUACUGCCUGUGAUAAAUCCUGAACUGGGCCCGUACUUACGACAUUUCUCGGAAGAAAUCCCGCACAUCAGGAGACAAAAUGGGGCUAGGAGAUCCUCGAUUUGGGAAAUGGAUAUGGCGAAAAAUGGGGCACGUUUCUCGAUUGCAUCUUGCCAAAAUAAUUUUGAAGAAGCCAAGUGGAAAGCGGAUAUUGCGAAAUAUUACAAAACAUCGAGGCGAAGCAUGCCCGACCAUCCGGACCAACAUAUAUCGGAAAGUAGGCGAUAUUCCGCAACUACACGAAAUGGGCUGCCAUCGCCGCCAGCCAAUUUCUCUAUCCUGAGGAAAGUCAUGGUUGUGGAAUUCUUCAUUCAGCACUUUAUCAAAAUGAUUUCGCAAUAUGUGGAUAAUAACUACUCCCUGAUAAAGGCGGCUAGAUUGAUAAUGCAAGUCGAGAAUUUGUGCAGGAUCUGUCUUAAUGAAAGUGUGGAUUUGGACAGGUCGCAUUUACACAAGGGGACAAUUGAAAAAUAUCAGGCAAAAUGCCUCAAGUUUAGGAAACAGAUCGGAAACGCGAUGGAGAAUUACUGUGGAAGUUAUAAAUGGAGCCGACGAUGAUAACAAUAAUUCUACAGAUAUGCAAGCCGUCCUGAUAAAUAGUGACAAUUGGAAGUUAAGGCAUAAACGAGACGAGGAAUUUUCAUUAUUUUCAGGAAAGAAUGGAUUGCAGGGAAAAACUAAAUUUCCAGACAUUUCAAGAAGUCUGAAUUCAUUAAUUUCUUAAAUAAUUGCAUAUCGUGUUUCAUUGACAAUCUUGGUAAUAAAAUAUAAAUCUUCAUGUGUUUGCAUUCAUAGUCGGUUUGUGUGCAUAAAAUUGUGUUCUUCUGGUCUGU